UAAUGAUGUCAUUAUCUAAAGAUUGUUUUUAUUUUUAACAAGAUUGCAACUUAUAUAAAUGAUCCAAUAUCAAUGAAAAUAACAGACCAAAUUAAGUGUUCUAAAAAAAAGGUUAAUAAAAUUUCUCACACAUUUUUGUUAUUUUCAAAAUGAUGAUUUACUUGUUACUCAUCGCUGCAGUAGGAAUUACAAGUUCACAAGGAACCUGUCCAGACCUAGAAGUGGUCCAAAAUUUUAACGUUACUGCGUACCUCGGAAGAUGGUAUGAACAUGCAAAAUAUCCAACUUUACAAGAAGAAGGUGGUAGAUGCGUUCUGACCGAUUAUUCUAUAAAAGAUGGCGCAAUUAGAUUAAGGAACGAAAUGAUUUUCCUCGAUUUGUUUCCAGUUCAUCUCGAUGGAACUUUAAACUUUACAUCUACCAAUGGAGAAGCAAAAUUAAUGGUGACUCCUGACAUCCUAAAAAUUCGUCAUGUUCCUUAUUGGGUUUUAAGUACUGAUUACACAAGCUAUUCAGUAAUGUGGUAUUGCAGAGAAAUAUUGGGAUUUACUUCUGGAAAACCUUGGAUUCUAACAAGAGAACGCAAUCCACCUAAUAGUGUUUUGGAAAUCGCCUACCAAGUAUUAAAAGAUAAUAAUAUCAGUUUGGAAAAAUUGGAAAAAACUGAUCAAGCAAAUUGUACAAACUAA